AAACAAAAGUGACAUUUAUUAACAUCAUCAGUUUGAGUUAAAUUGUUGUUAAUUUAAUCUGAUUUUGUUUUCAACUAAUUAAGUUUUUUUAAUUAUUUUUUCGUUUCAAACUAGUUUUUUGGUUAACUAUGCCUCUAAUUCCAGAUGAAUCUAAGUCAACUAACAAAGGAGACAAACAAAUGUAUCGUAAUUUAAAAAGGAGACUCAAAUUGUUGAUCUGUGAGAAUGAAAAAUUUAAAGAAGAAUUGAGAAAAUGUCAAAAAGAAUUACUUAUUAUCAAUCGAGAUAAAUAUUUUCUUAUGGAUAAAUUGAUGAAAUAUGAGAAACUUAGUUCAUCUGAUUCUGAUUCAGAUGCUACAGAUUCAUCGGAAUCAGAAAAGGAGAUUAAACAAGAACGAUCUACAAAAAAUCGAAGACGUAGAUUAGAGACUACAAUCAAGGAAACAACUGGAAGUACACCAAUGGUCACAAAUUCAACAAACAAAAGAAAAAGAAUCAACAACAUUAACAAUAAUGGAACCACCAAUAUACCACUUCCUUCAUCUUCCUCAUCUUCCUCUCCCUCCCUGAUAACUUAUUCCUCUUAUCGGAGUAAUAAAAAGUCAACUACAAGUAAAUCAAAGGCUGUUGAUAAAACAACGGCAACUUCAGUAUCAGUUUCCCCAUCAAUAUCCUUGGUACCAUCAAAAUCAAUCUCAUUCCCACCAUCACCAACUCUCUCAGGGAAGAAAAAAUCAACCCCAACCCCAACCCCAACACCAACAUCAUCAAUACCUUCAAUCUUAUCCGCCACUCUGACAGCGGCUACAAAAGCAGCCUCAUUACCCACCAUAACUUCAACCUCGGUGAGAUUUAAUUCCAGUGCUUUAAAAGCCGCUUUAUCAUCACCUAUUUGCAAUAGCUCUCUAACCAUGGCUCUUAAUUCAUCUAAUUUAUCAUCAUCUCUAUCUUCAUCUUCAUCUUCCUUCACAUCUAAUCUUUUAUCAUCCACAUCUCAUGUUAACACUUCCCUCACAAAUAAAUCAUCUUCUUCAUCAAAACCUCAACCAUUUCAACCAUCAAAAUCAAAUUCAGCAUAUUUAUCAAUCUCAUCAUCAUCAUCAUUAUCGUCAUCAACUGUUACUCCAUCAAUUAUGGUACAAUCAAUCACGACAACUUCAUCGCAAUCAACAGUCACCGCUCACAAUAUCUCAACAUCUAAAUCGGAAAAUCUAUUUAAUUGCUCAUCUUUACCUCAAUUACCAAUCAUCAAAACGGAAGCAACUCCGUCUAUCUUAUCCUUAGGUAGGCCGAACGGAGGUCAACUUACAUCGGAAGAGAUCGAGAGACACUUUGAAUCUCGACCACUUCAACCGGCGCUCUUGUUACCUGAGAAAACGCCGUUAACGGUUCCAGUCGAAUUGUUCAGCAAUGAAUCAACCAAUUCAGAUAUGAAAUUGGAAUAAUGUUAAUUCCUCUUAUUCUCAAUUGUAAAUAAUUGUUAUCAAUUUAAUUUAUUCUCUUUAUCCUGUGCAAUUAUCGCUUCUCGUCAUUAAGAUGAUCAAUUAGAAAUUUAAUUGUUGAUUAAUUAGUUUCGAUUGAUUAUUUUUGCUCAGUAUUAAUCACAUUAUUACUGUAAAAUUGAU